GCUUAUGCAGCCGCCAUAUUCUGUGACAGUAUUUUGAUUCGUAUCUGCUGGAAGUGAGCAAAAAGAGAAAAGUGAAGGGCUGUCGAGGGGAGGGGGGGGCUGAAGAAGAGGAGCUGUCAAAAAGUUAUUCCCGAGUCUCUGUCAAACGGCGGAGAGCCGAGACUCGGUAUCCCUCCCCUAACGCUAUUUCGAGGACACACAAGGCCCGGGGCCUCGGUGCAGUUGGCUCUUCGUCUCCCUGGUAGUAGCUGGACUCCUCUCGGCUUCUCCUCUCCCAGCUCCGCGGCCCUCUGGAGGUCCGGCGGCGGUGUCGGGUGUUGAAGGCGGCCCGGGGAGCGGCGGCGGCAGCGGAGACGGAAAGAAGAUGUUCAAGAUGAAGGCGGUUUGCUGCCACGACUGACGCCCCAGUGCGCUGAACAGAACAAGCAGUCCUGACCUGGCAACAUACGAAUGGCCCAGGGAAGCCACCAGAUUGACAUUCAGGUUUUGCAUGACCUGCGCCAGAAGUUCCCUGAAGUCCCAGAGGGUGUUGUCUCCCAGUGUGUUCUGCAGAACAACAACAAUUUAGACGCCUGCUGUGAAUACUUGUCCCAGGUCAGUCCGGGCUACCUGUACAGUGAAGAAGGAAACCUCAGCUUUUCUGACGACCCCAGCUUCAUCAGGCUUCGUAAUCACAUGACCCAGCUGAACCUGGGCCCGCAGUCACAGAAUGUGCACGUGUCCCCGGUUCGGGACGGCCUGAGAAUGAACGGCAGCCGGACUCUGGCCCACAGCCUGAGUGACGGGCCCCUCCCGACAGGCCAGGCCCCCAACAGUGACUUCUUUCAGCAGGAGCCCCAGUCAGCCCCAGUGCAGGUGCCCUCCAGCAUCAAUGUGUUUGGUGUGAUGGAGCCCACACGCAAACCACAACCUCCACAGCACCUUGGACUCUACCCUCUGGGUGUCAAAGGAACGACUAUGGGUGUCCAGCAGACACCACGCUUCAACCCUAUUACCGUGACGCUAGCCCCCAAUAUCCAGACGGGCCGCAACACCCCUACUUCUUUGCACAUACAUGGCGGCCCCCAGUCGGGCCUCAGCAGUCCACAGGGUAACUCUAUCUACAUCAGGCCCUACGUUAGCCAGACCGGUACGACCCGGCAGAACCAGCAGCAGGGAGGCAGGGCCCAGUACAGCCCCACCUCCCAGCCCCAGCAGCAGAUCUACCAGAUCUCACAUCCCCACUCCCUGUCCAGCUCCUGGUCCGGCCCUCAGCACGCCUCCUCCUCACAUACCUCACAGCACCAGACCCAGGGCCACCAGACCUCUCACGUCUACAUGCCAAUCAGCUCUCCGACAAAUCCCCAGGCGCCCUCCAUUCUUCCCACUGGAAGCCAGGCCUCUUCCUCCGGUGUCUCCUCAUGCUCUUCUUCCUCGUCCUCCUCUGUCAUGCCCACGUCCCUGUCGACCAUCAGCCAGUACAACAUCCAGAACAUCUCCACUGGCCCGCGCAAGAAUCAGAUAGAGAUCAAACUUGAAUCUCCUCAGAGGAGCAACUCCACAACAACAACUGCCGUGCUGCGGACAAGCAGCGGGCCCCGGUCCUCCUCCACCUCCUCCUCCUGCCCGUCCUCUUCCUCCUCUUCGACCGGGGUAGCUACUGUCCCCACCACCCCUCUCUCCAUCGGAGGCCCAGGUCUGAGCCGCAGCCAGCCCACUGUUUACAUCUCUGCCAGCCCGCCUACUGCUGCUACCACUCCCUCUGAGGAGGCCGUCGUGGCCUCAGCCGGCUCCCGCUCCCAACCUAAGUUUUACAUUUCUGCCAACGCCUCCAGUGAUGACAGUGGGGGCAGGAACCCUCCCACAGUCUACAUCUCAGCCAACCCUCCGUUGCAGGGGCCGUCGGGGGCCAGGAACAUGGGGGGCCAAGUGAGCAUGGGCCCCGCCUACAUCCACCACCAUCCACCUAAGUCCCGUGCCUCUUUAGGAGGGGGAGGCACAGCUUCUUCCCCACGCGUGGUGGUGACUCAGCCCAACACCAAAUACACUUUUAAAAUCACAGUAUCUCCCAAUAAGCCCCCAGCCGUGUCCCCCGGAGUUGUGUCCCCGACUUUUGAGCCCAACAACCUCCUCAGCCUACCCUCAGAACACCACUUCGCGGAACCAGACCCCCUCCAUCUCUCAGACCCGCUGUCGCCACACAGGGAGAGGCCGAGUGAGCCUCGCAGACUCAGCAUGGGCUCUGAUGAUGCAGCGUACACACAAGCGUUGUUGGUCCAUCAGAAGGCCCGCAUGGAGAGACUGUGGCACGAGCUGGAACUGAAGAAGAAGAAGCUGGAGAAGCUAAAAGAGGAGGUCAACGAGAUGGAGAACGACCUGACCAGGAGACGGCUGGAGAGAUCCAACUCGGCUUCCCAAAUUCCUUCUAUUGAGGAAAUGAAGCAGUUGCGAUGCAAAAACAGGUUACUGCAGAUCGACAUUGACUGCCUCACCAAAGAAAUUGAUCUCCUACAAACAAGAGGACCACACUUUAAUCCCAGUGCAAUCCAUAAUUUUUAUGACAACAUUGGAUUCCUCGGUCCUGUCCCACCCAAACCCAAAGGUACUUUAUCUAUCGACAGGAGAGGAUGUAGAUAUAAUGUGACCUCUGAGCUCAUGAUGGAGCCCUCCUCUGGUCCUCCCCCUCCUCUCCCACUUGACCCGGGCAGUAAGAUUGUGAAGCCCAUCGCAGACCAGGAGGAGGACGAGGGGACGCAGUGGGGCUGCACUGCCUGCACCUUCCUCAACCACCCCGCCCUCAACCGCUGUGAACAGUGCGAGUUCCCGCGGCACUUCUGAGCCAACGAGGCCGCGCCGCCCCCUCCUCUGCCCGCCUGUCUUCUACCAGACCAGAAUAGAAAAGGGCCUUUCUGUUUCCUUUUCACCCUAGUUGUAUGAAAACUAGGACGGGGCGUAGUCAUCAUGCAUCAUGCGUCCUGUUUUCCUUGAUUUUUUUUUUCUUUUCUCCUCUCUAUGGUUUGUAGAAUGCUGUCCACUGAAGGCUUGACUGGAUAGUGUUUACAGCUUGUGUUUUUUCAUAAAGGCUGGCAGAGUCAGAUGAUACCUCACCUUCGAGACUCAGAUGGCGAGGGGGGUCACCUCCCCCUUUUCUGCUCGACGGGUGACACGUUAACCCUGGGGAUACCUCGCUGCUCCCACUUACAGUAUUAUGAGUGUGGCCCUGCAGUGUGACGGCACACAUACACACACCUACACACACAUACAUGCACACACACACACACACACACACACACACACAUACACACACACACGCACACACACACACACACACACACACACACACACACACACACACACACAAAACACAGGUGCCAAUGUGCCUUUUUGCUGAUUACAUUUUGGUUUUUUUCUUCCUCUGUGGUGGCAUGACCAGGGGAUUGGGAACUGUGUUCAGCCACUGCUCUCCACCUGAAGGGAAAACUAACAGACUAAUCGUGGACUUUAAAGUUUGUUUGCUGUUUCUAGAGGAUGUCAAAAGGGGGAACCGGCAGUGUGGCUGCCGCUCAAACGUGCCUUUCACCCCCCCCCCCCCUUCACUAUCCCCUUUUCUGUCUCUUCAGUCAUGAGUUAAUGAAAAAAAAGAAACUAAGUUGCAUGCUUUGUGUACAGUACACGGAGGCAGAAACUCCCCUUGAGCUUUUUACUGUACAUAAUUUUAGAAUGUGCCUUGAAAGCCUUCUUCCUCACACUAUGAAUCACUUGUAUUUCCUGUAAGUAUAGCUUUAUAGACUUUAUUAACUUUUUUUGUCUUGUUUUGUUUCCCUCUUUCAAACGAAUAAGCACCAUGCUCCCUUUUUAAGCUUUUUACUUGAUUUCUGUGAGAGUUGAAGCCUUGCAGAAGGAGAGGAGCAGAGCGGUAACAACCCUCGCAGUCAUCAUGAAGCUACGUCUGCCCGGUCCGUUCAUCGCUUGUGUAAUUGCUGAGUUUCUUGUGUACGAUCUGCAGAUGCAGCAAAGAGGAAGGCGAUGGAGGAGUCUAUUUUUUUUUUUUUUUUUUCUUUUUUUUAUUCAGGACGCCAAAUAUGUCGGGACUGUUGGGGGAGGGAAGGGGUCAAAAAGCAAAAUUUACAAACUGCCAUCUUAUCUGACAACUGGAAUGUAAGUUUAAUGUUUGGGGACAGCUACACCUCAGUGCAGAGAGACUCUCAUUUACAAGUACAGUCAGGAUGUUACCGCAGAUCGAUGUCAAAGUGCUCCUGGAACAGCUGAUUGGGUUCAAAGUCUCCAUGUUGCUAUGCACCUGAAUUAGGUUUUUGUGAGGUAACAAAGUGAAUAUGUUUCUCUCUAUGAUGGUCCUAUGCCUUAUAUACAACAGGUCACAACAUCUUGGAAGCAGACAACAUGACUGUCCACUUUGUAUACUCGUAUUUUUAUUUGGCUCAUGUCAUCCUCCUAAGCUUUUAUCAAUGAGGAUGUUUCUAAAGUUUACUUAUCGUCAUUAACUUACCUUAACUGUGGAAUAGUUACUUUGUUUUGUUUUGUUUUUUUCCACACUUGUGAAAUGUUGCCUUGAAUCAGUGCCUUUAGAACUAUCCAAUUUGUAUUGAUGAUCUAUUCUGUCACAUCCGAGUGCCAUUUUUAAAACCAAAAUUUUUAGUAUUGUUUAAACCCAUUUAAAAGUAGAUGAAUUAUUGUCUCUUAAGCACUUAUGCCAUACUUUUUUUCCUUUUUUCCAAUCCAAAGAAACCAGUUUUCAGCUUUAUCUGCACCUUGGUGUGAAGAGGCAGUUUAUUCAUGUUUUAUUAAAUGGAGAAAAAAAAAGUAAUUUGGAUAUCUAAAGUGUUUUUUUGAUUUUAGCUGGGAAAACUGUCUUUGUAACAGAUAAGUUAUUUGUAAAAAUAAUUAAAAAAAAUCUAUUCUGA